UCAUUAUUAUGAAAAAUGAGUAAAAUACUUUUUUCUUUAUUCCUUCUUUCACUAUUAAAAAAUUCCAACGGCAAUUAUACUUCGGGACUGGUAUGCUAUAUUAACGGCUGCAAUUGGGAUAAAUUUGAAACGAGUUUUUUACGGGAGGAAAAGGUGAGGGAUUGUAAGAAAACAACGUGUUUAUUCAAUGACUUCUGUCCCGAUUUUCCCUCAAGCAUGUGGGGUGGUUUGUCUUCUACCAGCUAUGGCGAUAUAUUUGACUUGGAUAUUUUUAUUGGGAAAACAAAGACUGUACUGAAUUUGACGAUGAAUAAUAUCACAUUUCACAAACUACACAUAGGAUUGUGGUAUAUCAGCAAGAAGCCUCCAACGAAUGACAGGAUAUGCCAGGUUAUUGAUCUGUGUAAUGAUACUUCAUCAAAAACCUUAUCUUGGUAUUCUGAAGUGCAUCACGGUUUCGAUGCAAUCCUGCAACUUUUACUGGACAUAGAUGGUACUACUUAUUUAAAGAAGUAUGCCUUCAAAGCACCUCGGCGACGUGCGUAUGAUAUUGGUGAAACUCCACGAUAUGAUGAUAUAUUCACAUACGUCGAUGUGAGCCUCUCAGACAAAGUCGUUUUAUAUGUAAAACCACUGCCUCUGGUGUUCAAUGUGUCCAUGUAUGACGUAUCAUUUUGUAAAUUUUCGAAUGAUAAUUGUGAAUUUGAAAAGCCUAAACGUGUUGGAGAAAAAUUAAGUUGGGAACAAAGCUCAUUUCCACAGGAAAAUUCUAAGUACUACUUCAAAGUAACACCAGUCUACCAACAUAAUCGAACAGAACGAGAAUGGACACAAAGCGCUCGUUUUGUUAUGAAAAGUUCUCUCGACACGGUGAUAUACAUAGUGACUACCACUGUCUUUUUAGCAGUUGGGAUGUGCUUUGUUUUGCGAUGGGCUUACUUCUACUACCGAAACAAGAAAUUACCCGGCAUACGUUCAAGAAAACCGCGUUGUCUAUUGAUAUAUGAUGGAACACACAAUAGCCACAUUGAUGUUAUGAUUAAACUGGCAGAAUACCUCAUAUCCUGUGAUAUCGAUGCUAUGCUAGAUGUGCUGGAUGCCACGAAGGAUGGCCUUAAUAGUCCAACUCAAUGGUGCGACGAAGCACUUCACAUGUCUAACUGUGUUAUUGUGGCACAGUCCCCGCCACGUGAUGAUUCUGUGAGAGUUACUAGAACAAUAUAUAGGUUCCUAUUUGACCACGCUCGCAGAUUGAUAGAGGAAGAUUAUCAUCAGAACAACAGAAGAUAUUUCUCUAUUGAACUUCCAUACUGUCAACAGACCGACAUACCUCUUGAAGCAGCUUCGUUCAAACGAUUCAAGAUGCCUAGAGAUUUAGACAAACUCGUCGAUGAAAUCCAUAAUGCGGAUUAUUCUAAAAUAUUUACGGACCAUGACGCCGGAGAUUUUAUAAACAGUAUCAAUUCGGCUACGAGUAGCAUUCUCAACCAGACACCUAUGACACCAAUAUUGCUUGAAAAUAUUCCUAGAUAUCUGUCGGAAAACAAUGGUCGAACGAUCGAGGUUGAUUCAACGACAAUAGAUGGCUAUGAAAAUACUAUUUUCAUGAACGGAAAAAGCAGUGAUUUUGGAAAACGAGAUCAUGCAACAAUUCUGAGUUCUUUGGAUCUUCUAGGAGUAAAUGAUGAUUCUAAUGAACUGCAUCUUACAUGAGAACAAUUAUUCAAGUUCACGAAACGCAGUAAUGUGAAAAUAUUUUUUGUCCGACUCCACUUGGGAAAACCGUUUCACCGGCGUUGGAAUGGCAAUUUUUUGAGUCUGCUUCACAUACAAGAACGGCGCAUUUUCGAAGAGACCAGG